GGCGUUUUCCAGGCCCCAAGGAGUUUUCUGGAGGUUGGAGGAGGGGCGUGAGCGCGCGGCAAAUUGGGCGGGAAGAGGCAAAAAAGGAUUAGGGCCGAUUCCCGUUCUCACAGUCGCGUGGCCCCUGGACCGCUGUUGCGCGAGGGGAAGGCGGAACGCCCAGGUUGGUGCUCGGCACAGACUUAUGCCCGGUUUCCACAGUCCACAUUCGCGCGUCCCUCACUCCCCUGCACCCCAACCCCGCCCGGGCUGCGGGAAGAGCUGAGCGGCGGAAGAAAACUUGUCAGGGGAACUGAGGACAUUAUGAAGCACCAGCAUUUACGUCCUGGGAGGAUUCGUUAAUACUGUUAGAAGUAUAAUGUCUGCAAUUGCGAAGUUUAUAAAAGUCCUCAUUUAGUGGUCUAGCUCUUAUAAAGCAUACAGCUGGAUUGGUUCUAAUUUGAGGUCUCUUUUUAACAGGCCAUUUCUGAGCAUUAGUGGUUUCAAGUACUACACUGACACUGUACAACCAGUUCUAAAAUCUUGCCAUUAAAUUCUGUAUUGCUGUUUCAAGUGGUAAUUACAUGCCUAUUUCUUUUAAAAGAAAUGAGUGUAACUGGUAUUGCAUUGAGGGUUGAAACCUGGCUUUUAGCUACAUGGCAUGUUAAAGUACCUCACAUGUGGCUGGAAGCUUGUAUUAACUGGAUCCAAGAAGAACAAAAUAAUGUUAAUUUGAGUCAGGCCCAAAUGAAUAAACAAGUGUUUGAGCAAUGGCUCCUUACUGAUCUGAGAGAUUUGGAACAUCCUCUUUUACCUGAUGGCAUUUUAGAAAUUCCAAAAGGGGAACUGAAUGGAUUUUAUGCUCUGCAGAUUAAUUCCUUGGUUGAUGUAAGCCAACCUGCGUAUUCCCAGAUACAGAAGUUGAGAGGAAAGAAUACAAUGAAUGAUCUAGUUACAGCUGAAGCACAAGUAACCCGAAGACCUUGGGAAGCAAAACCUUCACGAAUGUUGAUGCUACAGCUAACUGAUGGAAUUGUACAAAUGCAGGGAAUGGAGUAUCAGCCUAUUUCAGCUCUUCAUAAUGAUCUUCCUCCAGGCACAAAAAUUUUGAUUUAUGGAAACAUUUCUUUCCGUCUCGGUGUUCUCUUUUUGAAACCAGAAAAUGUGAAGGUGUUGGGAGGUGAAGUAGAUGCUCUUUUAGAAGAAUAUGCCCAAGAAAAAGUACUUGCAAGAUUAAUUGGGGAACCCGAUCCUAUAGUUUCAGUCAUACCAAAUAAUUCUAACCAAAAUAUCCCUAGAGUUACAGAUGUUCUAGAUACUACAUUAGGACCUUCUGAUGAAGAACUCCUAGCAAGUCUUGAUGAAAAUGAUGAGCUUACAGAAAAUAUUGACAACUCCUUGGAAAGAAGAUGUUUCAACACAGGUAGUUCCUCAAAUGUUAUUUCCACAAGACAGUCAAAUUUUGAACCAGAAUUUGUUAUUUCUCCAAGACCACCUAACCAAUCUAUGUAUUUCACGGAUGGGGAAUUAGAUGACUUUUCACUGGAGGAGGCCUUGCUUUUAGAAGAAACUGUUCAGCAAGAACAGAUGGAAACUAAAGAAUUGCAGCCGUUGACUUUGAACAGAAUCGCAGAUAAAAGUACGGAGAGACUUUCCUAUAAUCCAAAUACUAUAAAUAAUUGUUCUUUGAUUUGCAAAAGUGGAAACAGUUGGAAUGAAAGAAAUGUAUCUGAACAAAUGACUAAUGAAGAUGAGUCUUUUGAUUGUCUAUCUGCAAGAGACCAAAACAGUGUUUUUUUAGUUCAUUGUAACACACCCCUAUCCCAUGAUUUUACAAAUAAAGAUAAGAACACUGAGACAGAUAAUCAAAUAAAACAAACUAUUAGCAAUUCAGAUGGACAUUCUUUAAAUAAUAAAAUAUUAAACAGAGAGCUGGUGAACUGUGUAUCAAAAAGGAGUUCACAAAUUUCUAAAGAAAAUGAGCACUAUUUACAGACUUGUUCAAGAUCAUCAGAAAAUAACACUGAUUUUUCCAUUGCCAUGGAUUUGUAUUCUCCACCCUUUAUCUAUUUGUCUGUUCUAAUGGCCAGCAAACCAAAGGAAAUUACAACAGUGAAAGUCAAAGCAUUUAUUGUAACUUUAACUGGAAAUCUCUCAAGUUCUGGUGGCGUUUGGAGUAUAACUGCAAAGAUUUCUGAUGGUACUGCAUAUCUAGAUGUAGAGUUUAUAGAUGAAAUACUUACUAGUUUGAUAGGGUUCUCAGUAUCAGAAAUGAAACAAUUAAAGAAGGAGCCUCUUCAGUACCAAAAGUUCUUGAAAGGUUUGCAGAAAUGUCAGAGAGAGCUAAUAGAUUUGUGCUGUCUAAUGAUGAUUUCAUUUAAUCCUUCCUUGUCUAAAGCAAUUGUACUGUCAUUACAAGAUGUUACUGUGGAACACAUUGAGGAUCUAAAGAAGCGGUUGAAUAGUAAUUUUCAAAAAUAGAGAACAAUUCAAAACAACAAGGAAAUAUUUAGAAUUUUCUCAAUUUUAUUUCAGAAACUUU